AUGACAGCGUCAGGUGUUGGUGGCUUGUUUGACAGUUAACGUUUGUUGUGGGAGUAUUUCUCCUUGGUGAAGUCGUUAGAUGCUGGAUUGUCUGUUUUACCUUCACACCCAGCAUGUCGCAGGCUCGAGGGACGAUGUUUGAUCAAGUUAUUCACUAUUACUUCCAAAACCUUGAUGAGGAGAGGGGUUUCUCUUAUGCUCAGGAGCUCAGGAUCGAGGACUUUAAGGUCCUCACCCUCCUGGGAAAAGGCUCCUUUGCGUGUGUUUACAGGGCGAAAUCAGCAAAGACUGGUCUGGAGGUCGCCAUCAAAACGAUUGACAAAAAAGCAAUGCACAAAGCUGGCAUGGUCCAGCGUGUGACAAACGAGGUGGAGAUUCAGUGCAGACUGAAACAUCCUUCAAUACUUGAGCUGUACAACUACUUUGAGGACAGCAACUAUGUGUACUUGGUGUUGGAGAUGUGCCACAACGGAGAGAUGAGUCGGCACCUUAAAGAGCGGACGGCGCCUUUCUCUGAGGAUGAAGCAAGACAUUUCAUGCAUCAAAUAUUGAAGGGGAUGCUGUAUUUACAUACCCAUGGCAUCUUGCAUCGAGAUCUGACCCUGUCAAACCUGUUGCUCACCAGCAACAUGAACAUUAAGAUAGCAGACUUUGGCCUGGCCACUCAACUCAAGCUCCCGAAUGAAAAGCACUUCACCAUGUGCGGGACACCCAACUACAUCUCCCCGGAGGUGGUCACUCGCAGUGCUCAUGGUCUUGAAUCCGAUGUCUGGUCCCUGGGGUGCAUGUUUUACGCCUUCCUGAUGGGUCGCCCUCCGUUUGACACGGACACAGUCAAGCACACGCUGUCUAAAGUGGUUCUUGGGGAAUAUGAAAUGCCGAGCCAUGUUUCUUUAGAGGCUCAGGACCUGAUCCAUCAGCUGCUGCAGAGGGACCCCGCCCAGCGGCCCAGCCUCUCUGCGGUGCUGGACCACCCGUUUAUGACCCAGAGCCUGCUGGUCAGGACAAAGGAGCUGGGAAUGGGGGAUGAUGGAUCCAUGGACAGCGGCAUUGCCACCAUCUCCACAGCCUGCACCUCCUCUACCUCAGCCAGCAGCGGCAGCCGCCUCCAGAGGAGAACCAGGCACAUGAUUGGCUCUGCGCUGCCUAAUCGCAUGGCACCCAUUCCAAGUCUUCCACACCAACCCAGCAGUGCCUGUUUUGAGGACGGAGACCAGUGGCAGCAGCAGCAGCAGCAUCCGGCGGACAGAUUUCACAGAGAGGGCAGGAACAGGGGGGUUUACGGUGGUGAGGACGGACAGCCUCACUCUCGUUACCUGAGGAGGGCGCACUCUUCAGAUCGCUCCGGCUCCUCAGCAUCAGCCCAGGGGCUGGGUCACGCUGAACUUGGGAGAUGCCACUCAGAGGAGACUCUGACUGGUUUAGGAAGACCAGUGUUCCCCAUGUCCUCAAGUCAACAUCCAUUUUCAGAGCGUGGAAGGAUUCCCUCUCCCCCUGUCAAACAGUCUGCAAAUUCUGGGUAUUCAUUAUCCACACAGACUGCACAUCCACCAAACUUGCAAUUUCAAGACCUCGAGGGAGUUACAAAUUGGCUUAAUAAUGAAGCUUCUGGGCACAAGCCCGCAGACGGCAGCGCUCACAGCAGCAGCGGCAGCUUCCACAGCAGCAGAGGACCUUUAGGGGUUCACAAUUCCUGGACAGACAAGCCGUCGGGCCGAGGUGGAAACCCUCACCACAACCAGCACCACAUGCACCACAACCUUCCCUCCAACUCUGACUCGUACAGGGAAAACAUACCCGGAGCAGAAUUCCAACCUCCUCAUGGCAGAGAGUCAAAGCUUCCUUCGGCAAAGCCCAGCGUGGAGAAGAAAACGCUGAGAGACGUAGUCCCGCCCCUGUGUGCGUCCAGACUGAAGCCUAUCAGACAGAAGACCAAAAACGCUGUUGUGAGCAUCCUGGACACGGGUGAAGUGUGUAUGGAGCUGUUAAAAUGCCACAGCGGACAAGAGAGGGUGAAAGAAGUCCUUCGGAUUUCCGGUGAUGGUUCAAUGGUGACAAUAUACCAGCCUAAUGGUGGAAAGGGCUUUCCUGUCCUGGACUGUCCUCCCGCUCCACCAGAAGAUAUUCUGAUUUGUAGCUACGAGGACCUUCCAGAGAAAUACUGGAAGAAGUACCAGUACGCCUCCAAGUUUGUGCAGCUUGUGAAAUCCAAGACUCCAAAAGUGACCCUUUACACCAAGUACGCAAAGGUCAUGCUGAUGGAGAACUCUCCGAAAGCAGACCUGGAGGUUUGCUUUUAUGAUGGAGCAAAGACCCACAAGACGUCAGAGCUGGUGCGCGUGGUGGAGAAGAGCGGGAAGUCGUACACGGUGAAGGGCGAGGUGGGGCUGAACGGCCUGAGCCCAGAGAGCAGGCUGUAUGUGGAGCUGUCUGACGAGGGUCACAGCAUGUGUCUGUCCCUAGAGGCCGCCAUCACAGCAGAGGAGCAACGCAGCACCAAGAGCGUCCCUUUCUUCCCCAUUACUAUCGGCAGGAGACCUGUCAACCCAGACUCCGCAGGCUCAUUGUCCCUGCCCUCUCACGCAGUUCCUCCCGAUACAGCUUCACCUCCUCAACCUCCGCAAAUCACUCCUUCAAUGAUCUCCUAUAACGGGUCUGACUUCACCACAGCCAGUCUGAAUAAGAAAAGCUCCCCAGUGCGACAGGACCUGGGACAAAGCACAGGAAAAGUGGUUAAAUCGAUAUUUGUGCCCAAUGUUGGUUGGGCAUCACAGCUGACGAGCGGAGAGGUGUGGGUCCAGUUCAAUGACGGGUCUCAGCUGGUGGUUCAGGCCGGAGUUUCCUGCAUCACCUACACGUCUCCAGAGGGAAGGAUCACCAGGUAUAAGGAGAACGAGAAGUUGCCAGAGCACGUCAAGGAGAAGCUGCACUGUCUCUCCACCAUCCUGGGACUGUUGGCCAACCCGACAUCGCAUCAUCUACAAUCUCAUUAACAGUGUGUUUAAAAAAAAAAAAAACAACAAAAAAACAUCCCAGCAGCACAGUGGUCUUGCAGGGAACAGAAAGUAGCAUUAGAAAGCUUUGUACUUUUGUCUGGUGUUCUUGUAAAUAUAUCUUUGUUUUUGUUUUUUUACAUGUACAGAAGAUUAAGAUUAUGAAAAGAUAUAUUUUAUUUUAAUACGCGACCAUUUUGUAUAGCAUCUCUGUUUGCAUUGUUUGUGUUAUGACAUGUGUCACUUACUGUGUCUCCAAUUCUAUGAAAUGUGAUAUGUAAAUGCUGAGGCAAUAAACAUCUGGAGGCUGGG